AUGACAUCUUCAAGCUCAUCAACGACGAAGCUUACUCGCUCUGUGCCGUUCACUCCAAAGCGACCUCUAUCUUCAGCAUCUGAACUUCCUCGAGCAACCACACCCAGUGCACUUAAUUCAAUCAAGAAAUUCAAGGCAACAGUAUCCUCAGAGUCACGUCUGAGGACUGCUGCAAAACCCAAAUCAGCACUUUCAGGAAUACCAGGAUCACCUCCGAAGAAAUCAGCCCUUGAUGGUAAUCGCCCAAAGACACCCGGUACACCUCGACGAGGUGGUGCCGAGAGUCCGAUGUUCAUUGCUUCGAGUGAGAUGGACGUUAGCAGGGUUGAUCCAGAAGAGGUCUUGAUCGAUUAUCAGACCGUUGAACCCGGUGACGUAUCGGGAGAGGUGGACGAAUCACUAUUAAACGACUAUGGAAGGGAAGACAAAGUCUUGGUGUCCGUCAGAAUCCGCCCUACAAACUCACAUUCUGCUUGGGAUCGCUCAGCAACCAUGAAUCGAAGUGUCAAACUGCAACCUCAGUAUGCGAAGUCGACGGCAACGCCGCCGCAAGAAUUUCACUUCGAUGAAGUGUUGACUGGAUCUGAAAACAAGCCUAUCUACAACGCAGUAGCACGCAGUCAUGUCUGCGCUGCAAUGGAUGGGUAUAACUCGGUCAUUUUUGCUUAUGGUCAAACGGCUAGUGGAAAGACAUUUACUCUGUCCGGUAGUGAAGAACAACCAGGAAUUAUACCCCGUGCGAUGAAAGACGUGUUCGCAUAUAUCCGAAGAACGUCAACGCGAGAAUACCUCCUGCGGUGCUCGUAUAUUGAGAUAUAUAAUGAGACUAUCUAUGACCUUCUCGCGUCACCAUCGUCGAGUGCCGCUCAACCCGUGCAAAUUCAUGGAAAUGGGAUAAUGCUACCUCUCCGAGAAGAGGUUGUGACGAGCCUAAAGAGCGUAAAGGAGGUGUUGGAGCGUGGUGAAGGGAACAGGAGAACAGCAAGCACGGAUUGGAACGAGAGGAGUAGUCGAAGUCAUAGCGUAUUCAGAUUAGUAAUUGAGAGUAGGGAGAGGGGUGGAGACGAGGGUGAAAGUGCACCGAGUGGGAGGCAGACACCAGGUUUUAGACCGCCAACGCCUGGAGGACCACGGUUGCAGGCCAGAGGAGGGAAAAGUGUGCAGACAUCUGUGCUGAGCUUGAUAGAUCUUGCUGGUUCCGAGAAGGCUACCUCAGAUAAGGAGAGGACGAGAGAAGGGAAGUAUAUCAAUACAAGUCUGCUCACCCUCGGGAGCGUCAUUGGAACAUUGGCAGAGAAUGCUGCCAAAAACAAGAAUGACCAUGUUCCUUAUCGUAAUUCGAAGCUCACGCGCAUGUUGCAACCUUCUCUGUCAGGAAAUGCGCGCAUCUCCGUGAUAUGUACUAUAAACCCCGAUCCUAAUGCAGUGACAGAGAGUACUAGCACAUUGCUGUUUGCACAAAGAAUUAAAAAGGUUCAAUUGAAUGCAAAGAAGAAGGAAGUGCUGGAUACGGAUGCACUCAUCGAACGGUAUAGAAAAGAAAUCGAAGACUUGAAGAAUAAAUUAUCUGAAAGAGAAGCAGAGGCUCCUGUCCGGAAUAGGAGACUUUCAGCUCGUGAGCAACUGGACGAGUCCAAAGCGAUGAAGGAUCUCAACUCACGCAUUCAACAACUGACCAAGUUGAUUUUAACAAGUCAAACGGUGGACGAAACUAAGGGUGAUGAAUCGAGGCCAGCAAGUCCUUCGAAAGUCGACUUCGAUAUGUCUCCAUACCAGCUGCAGCAAGAGCUUUUGGCUGCUCACAGGCAGCUGGAAUCGCAAGCCACUCAAAUACUUUCUUUAGAAGCAACGUUACUCGCCCGACCCGAGCUGCCUCCUGAUGCUCCGGAAUCUGAGAAGGACAAGCUUAUUGGUGAGCAAAGCAAAACGAUACGGGAGCUAGAAAUAGUGGUGAGGGGUUACGAGGACAACCUUGGCGAGCCUUUAAGGGCUGUGCGGGAAGAUGUGGAAAGGGAGUGGAUGGAAAAGUUGGAAGUGGAGACGAAGAAACGCGAGGAGAAGGAGGUGUGGGCUGCAGAGUUGGUCAAGCAGGUGGAGAAGGAGAAAAAGCUGAGGAUGAAGCUUGAAGAGGAACGGCGAGCGCUUGCUGCUUUUGUUAGCAAAUUUGAUGCACUAGGACUCGGCGGAGGUAGCGUCUCACCCGUGUCAAAGGUGAGACUGCCAAAGCCAACGCCUGGAGGUGCCACCACAGCCUUUGCUGAACGCCAGCAGAGCCGAGUCAGUAACUUGAAUGUGGCAAUUGCCGAAGAGGAUGAAUAUUCGCCGGUCCGAAUAGACUUGCUGAGUCGAGCCAAGGCACAGCCUAGUUUGCUUGAGCAAAUGCCAGAAGAUGAAUGGAGCGUGAUUGAGGACAUGAGUUUCGAGAUGACGGAUGUAGUUAAACCCAAGCCGUCGAAAGCGAUUGGGUUUAUUGGUAGGCGGGCUGGGAGCCCUGUGAAGGAGAUGCUGGGACAGAAGGAGAAUAUACCGUUGUGAUAAUAAUUUGUAUUCCAGGUGGAUUUCUGUUUCUAUGUCGCUCUGCUUUCUGUCGUUUCUUUUUUGCAUUUGAUUUUCUAUAUCACGCAUGCAAGCAUUGCACAC